CGCGGGACGUAAAGCGCGGAAGGUCGCGGUCUCGGCUUCCCCGGAACUUUUUGCUCAAUUCGCCCCGCCCCUUUCCCAACCCUGAUCCCCGCUUUCCGGCCCGAGGCGACCCCCGGCAACCGUUGUGGUUGGCGCCUGGCUCCCGCUGGGCUGUCGCUGAGCGCGGAGCCCGUGGGGGCCCGUGAGUUUGAAUUCCUGAGAUCUGCUGGUUGCUGAAAGAAGUGAUGUUCUGCCGGUUGCUGUCAGUUGUUGGAAGACAAAGAACCAGCCCAGGAUGGCAGAACUGGUCCUCUGCAGGAAGCAGCACGUCAGCUGCCGAGGCACGUUCCGUGGCCCUGCCCACCGAGGCACAGGUGGUCAUCUGUGGGGGUGGAAUCAUGGGCACAUCCGUGGCCUAUCACCUCUCCAAAAUGGGGUGGAAGGAUAUUGUCCUUUUGGAGCAGGGCAGGCUGGCUGCUGGCUCUACCAGGUUCUGUGCUGGCAUCCUGAGCACUGCCAGGCACUUGACCAUUGAACAGAAGAUGGCAGACUACUCAAACAAACUCUACCAUCAGCUAGAGCAAGAAACAGGGAUCCAAACAGGUUACACAAGGACAGGCUCAGUCUUUCUGGCCCAAACUCAGGACCGGCUGAUCUCUCUGAAGCGCAUCAACUCAAGACUGAAUGUUAUAGGCAUCCCUUCUGAGAUCAUCUCCCCCAAGAAAGUGGCCGAGCUUCACCAUCUCCUCAACGUGCACGACCUGGUGGGGGCCAUGCAUGUUCCUGAGGAUGCAGUGGUGUCCUCUGCUGACGUGGCUCUUGCCCUGGCAAGUGCUGCCUCCCAAAAUGGUGUCCAGAUCUAUGACCGGACAUCUGUUCUUCAUGUAAUGGUCAAAAAAGGUCAAGUUACUGGAGUGGAGACAGAUAAAGGACAGAUUGAAUGCCAGUAUUUUGUCAACUGUGCUGGCCAGUGGGCAUACGAGCUGGGUCUGUCCAACGAGGAGCCGGUUAGUAUCCCGCUACAUGCCUGCGAACACUUCUACCUCCUGACUCGCCCCUUGGAGACCCCUCUGCAGAGCAGCACACCAACUAUUGUGGAUGCUGAUGGAAGAAUUUAUAUUCGGAACUGGCAGGGUGGCAUCUUGUCUGGGGGCUUUGAGAAGAAUCCGAAACCAAUUUUCACUGAGGGCAAGAACCAGCUAGAGAUUCAGAAUCUACAGGAAGAUUGGGAUCACUUUGAGCCUCUAUUGAGUUCCCUUCUGAGGAGGAUGCCAGAAUUAGAGAGUCUGGAGAUCAUGAAGUUGGUGAAUUGCCCAGAGACCUUCACACCAGACAUGAGGUGCAUCAUGGGCGAGUCUCCUGCAGUGCAGGGCUACUUUGUCCUGGCAGGAAUGAACUCUGCUGGCCUUUCUUUUGGUGGAGGAGCUGGAAAGUACCUCGCUGAAUGGAUGGUACAUGGUUAUCCUUCAGAAAACGUUUGGGAAUUGGACCUGAAACGUUUUGGAGCCCUCCAGAGCAGCCGCACCUUUCUGCGCCACCGGGUCAUGGAAGUCAUGCCUUUGAUGUAUGAUCUGAAGGUUCCCCGCUGGGACUUCCAGACCGGUAGGCAGUUACGCACUUCUCCUCUCUAUGACCGGCUGGAUGCACAGGGAGCCAGGUGGAUGGAGAAACAUGGAUUUGAGAGGCCAAAGUACUUUGUUCCCCCUGACAAGGACCUCCUGGCACUGGAGCAGAGCAAGACUUUCUAUAAGCCAGACUGGUUUGAUAUUGUGGAGUCUGAAGUCAAGUGCUGUAAGGAAGCUGUGUGUGUCAUUGACAUGUCCUCUUUCACAAAAUUUGAGAUAACAUCCACUGGGGACCAGGCAUUAGAAGUUCUUCAGUACCUCUUCUCCAAUGACCUGGAUGUGCCUGUGGGCCACAUUGUUCAUACCGGCAUGCUCAAUGAAGUUGGAGGGUAUGAAAAUGACUGCAGCAUAGCACGACUGAGCAAGCGCAGUUUCUUCAUGAUCUCUCCAACUGACCAGCAGGUCCACUGUUGGGCCUGGCUUAAGAAACACAUGCCAAAAGACAGCAACCUGCUCCUGGAGGAUGUCACCUGGAAGUACACAGCCCUCAAUCUGAUUGGCCCUCGAGCUGUGGAUGUGCUGUCUGAGUUAUCCUAUGCCCCUAUGACUCCAGACCACUUCCCAAGUCUCUUUUGCAAGGAGAUGAGCGUGGGCUAUGCAAAUGGGAUCCGCGUGAUGAGCAUGACACACACAGGAGAGCCAGGAUUCAUGCUGUACAUCCCCAUAGAGUAUGCCCUGCAUGUAUACAAUGAAGUGAUGAGUGUUGGGCAGAAAUACGGAAUCCGGAAUGCUGGAUAUUAUGCUCUUCGAAGUCUCCGAAUUGAGAAGUUUUUUGCCUUCUGGGGUCAGGAUAUAAAUAACCUCACCACGCCCCUGGAAUGUGGACGAGAGUCUCGGGUGAAAUUAGAGAAGGGCAUGGAUUUUAUUGGUCGCGACGCCCUCCUGCAGCAGAAGCAGAAUGGAGUGUAUAAACGCUUCACCAUGUUCAUCCUGGAUGACCAUGACACAGACCUAGACCUUUGGCCUUGGUGGGGAGAGCCCAUUUACCGAAAUGGGCAGUAUGUUGGCAAGACAACCAGCAGUGCCUACAGUUACAGCCUGGAGCGCCACGUUUGCCUGGGCUUUGUGCACAAUUUUUCCGAGGACACGGGGGAAGAGCAGGUGGUGACAGCGGAUUUCAUCAACCGGGGAGAGUAUGAGAUUGACAUCGCAGGAUACCGCUUCCAGGCCAAAGCCAAGCUCUACCCUGUCGCCUCCCUCUUCACCCACAAGCGCCGAAAGGAUGACAUGGAGCUGAGUGACUUACAUGGGAAGUGAUGGCGGGGCAGCCUGCCCACCUCUCCAUCAUCUUGUCCUGGAGCAGGCCAUGUGUGAUUCCUGUUCUUAGUACUGCUGGUGUCGUUGACUUCCAUCUAAGCUUGCAUCAGGAAGAUGAUCCUUCUGUGAUCCUUGGUACUGAAGCCACAAAAGCUUUCAUUCAGGAACUCUGAAGAGCAAAAAGGGACAAACACUAACUGCUGAGCUGGGCCACACUCCAGCAGAGAGAACUGCACAAUGACCACUGUAUUUUUCACGCUCUUCCAGGGGGCCCUGUCCCCCCCACAUUCAAGAGCUCUCAUUCAGGCCAGGGACACAGAGACUAUGUAGCCUAGUGAUUAAACCCCGGCUUUCUCUGGCCCCAGGAGUGGAGCCCAGCCACUCGUGUUUGGUUCUCAUCGGGAGGCACGCUGGCCCUGGAUCUCUCCUCGUGCACACCAGGAGUUUUACCUGCUUGCUUGUUUUCCUGGAUUGUUGUUUCCAAGAAAGUAACUAAAACAUAGGAAAAGUAAAUCUCCAGCUUCCACAGUAUACUGCCUGCCUUUGCAUGCAUUGAAAGUUAGCCACCUCCCUUCCCACCAUCUUGGUGGCAGUAGUGGUGCAAGAGUGACAGGAGCCUUCCGAGAGUGUUCAGUGCUUCACUGAAGACAGGACCCAUAACCUUCAUUUCUGGCUCUGCUCAUCUGGCGUAUGGACACAUUUGCUGGCAUUGGCUGAGUCUACACCACUUUUUGAGAACCUGAAAUAGAAGGAAUCUUCUGUGACUCACAGUCUCCGUAUCAGCCCUAGAAGACUGGCCUGGUGGAGCAGUUUGCGUUGGCUUGCCUUCAGGGGUUAGCUACAAGGUUCAUUUUUAUGUCUCUGUUUCUUGGCCAGUGUAGUCAAUAAGGGUCUUCUUUAAUAUCUAAGACAGGUUUGUUUGGCUGGGCGUGGUUGCUUAUGCCUAUAAUCCCAGCACUUUGGGAGGCCGAACAAGAUGGGAGAAUUACCUGAACCCAUGAGAUGGAGGUUGCAGUGAGCUGAGGUGGCACCACUGCGCUCCAGCCUGGGUGACAGAGUGAGACUCUGUCUCAAAAAAAAAAUCUAAGAGGUUUGGUCAACAGUGGUUAAUAAUGAAUAAUCUGCCAUUCUAAUUUUCUUUCUGCAUGCUAGCCCUGACACAUCCCUCACAAACAUUGAAAAAAGCAGUAUUUUGUCAACACAAUAUAAGGAAUGUUCACCUUGCACAUGUCAUUUCAGGCACGUGGAUUCAGGAGAAGCACAGUUGAGUGGAAGAAAUGGUAGAUGUGUGGGGCUUGACCCAGGCCCUGUGUACAUGAAGUAAGUGGUGAGUGAGCCGUGGGUCUGUCUUACAGCGUCUCCCUCCCCACCACCACUUCCGGGCCUCCGCUUUAAGGUGCUGAUUUGUAAGGCUCUUCCAUUUUCAGUACAGGGCUCGCCUUUGCAGCUCUGAUCACUACCAGUACACUCUUUUUUCAGGACAACUGAGUGUUUUUGUAUGCCUUUGCCUUCCCUUUAUCCAUGACAAGAGUUGUUUAUGAUUCUUGACUUCUCUGAGCAGAGUGUCUGUAUCUCUUGGAGAGGUACACAUUUCUUCAUGGGCCAUUUUUCUCAUUCUUAGAUGCACCCGUUUUCAUCCUUUGCAACCCAUCUUCUGCCUUCUUGUUUUCCUGUCUGUCAAAGACAGAAAUUACAGGAGAUAGGGAGGAUUUUUUAGCAUCUCUUUCAAAAGAUCUAUGUCAGGAUUUCCUUUGCACACCAAGAACUGGAGCUUAGAGCCCCGCUCUUCUCUAAGCCAGGUUCUAGUGCCUUACACUCCAGCAUGGCAGAUGGUGGGUGCAGAUUGGAAGACAAGAGAAAGAAAAGGUCAUCUCAGUGUGUGGGUUCCCAUCCACCUGACAUAGCCUCUCCGUCCUCAGAACAAUGGGCGUGGGGGUAGAAAGCUCUUUCAGUGAAGGGUUUUCUAGUAGCUCAGUUAACACUUUACUCUCCAGACAACACUCGGGAUGUAUAAAAACGCCAUUGUAAUUACUGUAGAGUCCGGUGACUCAUCAUUUGUGUUUGUCAGUGUGCACUUCAGCCCUUCUCUGUUCCUGUGUAGUUUCACUGUGGCCCUGAAGACAUCUGAGGCACUUCAGUAAGUGGGAUCUUUUCUGGAGAUCCUGGGUAACUUUUGAUGCACGGGAUGACCGAGCAUUUCUGCCCCUGUGAAUGUGGCACUAACACUGUGCACUGUGUCUCCAUCAAGGAGAGUUCUAUUGAGUUUCUUUUCAUGUUACUAGGUUUAUAAUGAAUAAACAGACAUUUUAACUACUCU